GCAGUGCAGCAGCUUCGUGCGGGAGCCGGCAGGGAUUUCUCCCUCCCCACUGACAGCCCGUCCGCGGACCCGCCCCCCGGACGGGGACGCGCUUUCACAGCUCCCCAGCGGCAGAGGUCGCUGCAGGGAGCUGAUCCGGUCCGGCAUUCCGGAAUUUGGUCCGGUCCGGUUUUCACCUAAUCCCUGUGUAACGUCUAGACGAGACAGAGCGACUUCUACUCUCUAUGGGCCUGAUAAAGGACCCAGCUUUCCAAUUGUACUGGGGAGAAAGAGAGAGAAUUCAGCGUCUUCCUACUGUAACAGGUGUCAGUGAAAAGCUGAAACCUGACCAGGGAGAGCUUUUUCUGUGGGACUGAUAGAGUCUCACAAGGCGCUGUCAUGUUAACCCUGCAAAGUGUGAGGAAUAAUAGCUUCUGAUUGAUGACAGAUAAAGCACGGAGUCAUUGGCCGAGUUCUGGAAUGUGGCUCAGUCGUACCUUGGGUUCAGCUGCAACAACAUUACUGUAAACGCUGCUGCACAGGUAACUGUGCAAGAAAACGGCACUGUAACCCAUAGCAACCGUACUUGCCAACUUUGUGUACUUCUCCAGGAAAAGUUCAAGGGGCAAGACAACGCCAACUGAAUCAUGGCCUUUUGCGUCAAAAGGAUGAGAAGUAGGAUCUAGGAGGGUGGCACAACUCCCCAAACUUCAGGAGAGUUUCCUGGACAGAGGGCGAGUGUAAAAGCCCCAAAGUGUUUUUGAAAGAGAUGCAACUGAUUUGGGGUGAUUGAAUUGCUAUGAUUUUUAAUUAACUUGAAGGCAGGAGCUUGCUAUGUGUUGCUUUAUGGUGCAUCGUGGGGAUAGGGGCUUGCUAUGUGAGGCUUUAUGGUGCAUCGUGAGGAUAGGGGCUUGCUGUGUGAGGCUUUAUGGUACAUUGUGGGGAAAGGGGCUUCCUAUGUGAGGCUUUAUGGUACAUUGUGGGGAAAGGGGCUUCCUAUGUGAGGCUUUAUGGUACAUCAUGGGGAAAGGGGCUUCCUAUGUGAGGCUUUAUGGUACAUUGUGGGGAAAGGGGCUUGCUGUGUGUUGCUUUAUGGUACAUUGUGGGGAAAGGGGCUUGCUGUGUGUUCCUUUAUGGUACAUUGUGGGGAAAGGGGCUUGCUGUGUGUUGCUUUAUGGUACAUUGUGGGGAAAGGGGCUUGUUGUGUGUUGCUUGCUUUAUGGUACAUUGUGGGGAAAGGGGCUUGCUAUGUGUUGCUUUAUGGUAGCAUUGUGGGGAAAGGGGCUUGCUAUGUGUUGCUUUAUGGUAGCAUUGUGGGGAAAGGGGCUUGCUAUGUGUUGCUUUAUGGUAGCAUUGUGGGGAAAGGGGCUUGCUAUGUGUUUCUUUAUGGUACAUCGUGGGGAAAGGGGCUUCCUAUGUGAGGCUUUAUGGUACAUCAUGGGGAAAGGGGCUUCCUAUGUGAGGCUUUAUGGUACAUUGUGGGGAAAGGGGCUUGCAGUGUGUUGCUUUAUGGUACAUUGUGGGGAAAGGGGCUUGCUGUGUGUUCCUUUAUGGUACAUUGUGGGGAAAGGGGCUUGCUGUGUGUUCCUUUAUGGUACAUUGUGGGGAAAGGGGCUUGCUGUGUGUUGCUUUAUGGUACAUUGUGGGGAAAGGGGCUUGUUGUGUGUUGCUUUAUGGUACAUUGUGGGGAAAGGGGCUUGCUGUGUGUUCCUUUAUGGUACAUUGUGGGGAAAGGGGCUUGCUGUGUGUUCCUUUAUGGUACAUUGUGGGGAAAGGGGCUUGCUGUGUGUUCCUUUAUGGUACAUUGUGGGGAAAGGGGCUUGCUGUGUGUUGCUUUAUGGUACAUUGUGGGGAAAGGGGCUUGCUAUGUGUUGCUUUAUGGUACAUUGUGGGGAAAGGGGCUUGCUAUGUGUUGCUUUAUGGUAGCAUUGUGGGGGAAGGGGCUUGCUAUGUGUUGCUUUAUGGUAGCAUUGUGGGGGAAGGGGCUUGCUAUGUGUUUCUUUAUGAUACAUCGUGGGGAAAGAGGAUUGCUAUUUGCUCUAAUGCAGUUUUAGACAGAGAAAUGCAAAUUGUAAAAAAAUUAAUAACUGGAUUAGAGAGAGUUCAAUUAAGCAAAUGCCAGAAUUAGCUAUAGAUGAACAGAUAGAUGUGCCUGAAAUUGAAAUCUAUAGCCGCACAUAAAUGAUUCAUGUUCGCAAAUUCAGGGUGAUUUGGAUGAUAUUCAGCUGCUAAGUAACGCCCACGGUACGAUCAGAUGAAUUACUGUCACACAGAGAGCAUUCAGCCAUCGCCCUCACCAUAACCUAAUACGCUGCAAUCAGACGUGAAAGUAAGCACAAAUCAAUGCACAGUCGGCAAAAGGUAUACAGUAUAUGUCCCACCGGACGAGCGGACGCCAUGAUCCUAGCCGUAUGACCAUUUUAUUUUACCCUAACCAUUCUGUGUGAGUCUCGGUCAUCAUGUCGUUACCAAAGAUAGAGAUCGAGGAGGCAGAGGAGGAAGCAGAAGAUAGCUCCAUCCCACCAACAGAUGACCACCUGCGAAACUUGAAGGCACUCACGGAGAAGCUGAGGUUACAGACGCGGAGGCCGUCCUACCUGGAGUGGAGAGCAAAGCUUGAGGACCAGCCCUGGAAGAGCCCCAGCGUGGAACAAGAGGUGGAGGAGAGCAACCAGGCUGAGAAGGAGACGUGCCCACCAACGCUGGAGGUGGAACAGGUCCAGAAAAGUGUAACGGACCCGAAAGAGAACAGUCAGUCAUCGGGGAAAAUCCACGGCUUCGAUAGCAUUGAUGACGCUCUGAAUUGGCUCAGGAAGGAGCUGACAGAGAUGCGCCUGCAGGACCAGCAGCUGGCCAGGCAGCUGAUGAGGCUGCGCAGCGACAUAAACAAGCUGAAGAUCGAGCAGACGUGCCACCUGCAUCGGCGCAUGCUGAACGACGCCACCUACGAACUGGAGGAGAGGGACGAGCUCUCCGACCUCCUCUGUGACUUCCCUAUGAUGUCAUCAUUUGGCCUCUCCACGCCCCUUAAACUUAUCGGGGUUACGAAAAUGAACAUCAACUCUAGGAGGUUUUCCCUGUGCUAGAACUUUCUGCAGCGUUCCGAGGGAUUCCUGAACCAAAACUCAGACAUGACUCCAGUAUUCUGCUGCCUUAUAGUAAUACCAGCUAGCCACGCCUACCACCUUUAUUACCAACGCAUUAUCUAGCCGUGCAUGGCGAUCAGUCGGGACAGAGGCAAAACCGGACAAUCCAACGUUCAUCUCUGUGCGCCAUCACUACCGCUGCCGCUAACCGGUGUAAUACUCUUGAAGGCUGUAACCUUCCGAGAUCGGGUGUGGCAUGUUAGAUAGACUAGACUUCGGUCGACGGUGUCUAGGUUGACCACUAUUGGUCGACAGUACGAAAGUCGACAUGGGUUUCUAGGUCGACAGGGACUGUAGGUCGAAAUGUACUAGAUCGACAUGAAAAAAUGUCGACAUGAGUUUUUUUAUCUUUUUGGUGUUGUUUUCUUCGUAGAGUGACGGGGGAACCCCAAUUAGUGCACCGUGUCCCCUCGCAUGGCUCGCUUUGCUCGCCAUGCUUCGGGCAAGGUGCCUCGCUCCGCUACCGCUGCGCUUGGCACAGAUUACCGUUCCCAAUUGAAGUCCACGUGGAUCGUAAAGUAUGAAAAAGUUCAUAAAAUGGAAAAAAAAUUUUUGAAAAACUCAUGUCGACCUUUUGUCAUGCUGACCUAUAACAUGUCAGCCUAGAGUCCCUGUCGAUCCACUUACUGUCGACCAAUAGUGGUCGACCUAGACAUUGUCGAUCUAAGUCUUGUCGACCUAGAGACCGGAUCCCCCGAGAUCAUCUUCUACCUUUUCACUGUUUUUUACAUCAACCUCAUAACUCCACAUCAGAUGUUGUUUUAAACCCUUUAUCCAGCAGAGAAUCCAGAACCAUAAUAGCCACAUCUACACCCAAAUCAAUGUUAAAAUAUUUAUGGGUCUCGUAAGUGACUCUGUAUCUCAGCAAUAGUAUUAAUAAAUAUAAGGAUCAUGGGGGGGUCAUUCCGAGUUAAUCGCUAGCUUCCGUUGUUUGCAGCGCAGCGAUCAGGCUAAAAAACGGCAGUUCUGCGCAUGCGUAUGUGGCGCACUGUGCAUGCGUAUGCGGCACAAUGCACACGCGCGACGUACGGGCACAACGAACGAUGUCGUUUUGCACAGGUUCUAGCGAUGCAUUUCAGUCACACUGGUGGCCGCAGAGUGAUUGACAUGAAGUGGGCGUUUCUGGGUGGCAACUGACCGUUUUCAGGGAAUGUUCGGAAAAACGCAGGUGUGGCAGGGAAAACGCAGGCGUGGCUGGGCGAACGCUGGGCGGGUGUGUGACAUCAAAUCCGGAACUGAAUAGUCUGAAGCGCUGAAUAGGUUUUGAGCUACUCUGAAACUACACAAAAAAAAUUUGCAGGCGCUCUGCGAUAAAAACGUUUGCACUUCUAAAAUACACUCCCAGUGGGAGGCGGCAUAGCGUUUGCACGGCUGCUAAAAACUUCUAGCGAGCGAUCAACUUGGAAUGACCCCCAUAUAGAGGUCAGUACCCCAGCCAGUAUCACCCACGUACAGAGUUAUUUACUACGCAGCCGGACAAAUUAGGGGAUUUACAGAGGAUAAUCAUACAUUGGCCUGUGGCACAACUAGAAAUCCCACAAAGAUUUAAUUACCUAAAUUGUCUCGUUUGUGUCUCUUUGUGUAACAGUUAUCCCAUCAGUAUGUACUGUAAGCCGUCAUUAGGAAACAUUUUAUAACAUAUACAGUAUAGGUUGAAGUUCCCAUAACAAGACAGAAGUAAAGAUAAUUAGAAUGUUUCUGCAUGGACCAAUGUGAGGAUGUAAACAAAGUGUCUUCACAUCCAGGCAUAUCGUUUAGAAGAGCUUUUACAGAUGAGUCUUGGCGUGUACCCGAAUCUGUCUUUUACUAAAUUUGCCCCCCAUCCUCCACAUAUCCAGCCCAGCCUCAAAUAUCUUCAUUUCAGUAUUUUUAAAUGUUACCAGAUUUUAUAUAAAGCAGGAUAGACUUGUGUUUUGAUUUUUUUUUAAACCCCCUGUCUUUACAAAAGUUCCAAGGGUGUGCUGCUGGGAACCUGCUCCUUCCACUGUAUAACUCUCAGUCUGCGGCCUCCAUUCCCCUCCUCACAUCAUGUCACUGCCCCUGUCACAUGCAGCCCUGUCCUCGCUGACACAUCACUCAUCUCCUGAUAUACUCUGUGCUGCUGUGGACCCUGCUCCUUCCACUGUAUAACUUUCAGUCUGCGGCCUCCAUUCCCCUCCUCACAUCAUGUCACUGCCUCUGUCACAUGCAGCCCUGUCCUCACUGACACAUCACUCAUCUCCUGAUAUACUCUGUGCUGCUGGGAACCUGCUCCUUCCACUGUAUAACUCUCAGUCUGCGGCCUCCAUUCCCCUCCUCACAUCAUGUCACUGCCCCUGUCACAUGCAGCCCUGUCCUCACUGACACAUCACUCAUCUCCUGAUAUACUCUGUGCUGCUGGGGACACUGCUCCUCCCACUAUAUAACUCUCAGUCUAUGGCUUCCUGCUGCCUCCAUUCCCCUCCUCACAUCAUAUCACUGCCCCUGUCACAUGCAGCCCUGUCCUCACUGACACAUCACUCAUCUCCUGAUAUACUCUGUGCUGCUGGGAGACCCUGCUCCUUCCACUAUAUAACUCCCAGGGGGUGGCUUCCUGCUGCCUCCAUUCCCCUCCUCACAUCAUGUCACUGCCCCUGUCACAUGCAGCCCUGUCCUCACUGACACAUCACUCAUCUCCUGAUAUACUCUGUGCUGCUGUGGACCCUGCUCCUUCCACUGUAUAACUCUCAGUCUGUGGCUUCCGGCUGCCUCCAUUCCCCUCCUCACAUCAUGUCACUGCCCCUGUCACAUGCAGCCCUGUCCUCACUGACACAUCACUCAUCUCCUGAUAUACUCUGUGCUGCUGGGGACCCUGCUCCUCCCACUAUAUAACUCUCAGUCUGCGGCUUCCUGCUGCCUCCAUUCCCCUCCUCACAUCAUGUCACUGCCCUUGUCACAUGCAGCCCUGUCCUCACUGAUACAUCACUCAUCUCCUGAUAUACUCUGUGCUGCUGGGAACCUGCUCCUUCUACUGUAUAACUCUCAGUCUGCGGCCUCCAUUCCCCUCCUCACAUCAUGUCACUGCCCCUGUCACAUGCAGCCCUGUCCUCACUGACACAUCACUCAUCUCCUGAUAUACUCUGUGCUGCUGUGGACCCUGCUCCUUCCACUGUAUAACUCAGUCUGUGGCUUCCUGCUGCCUCCAUUCCCCUCCUCACAUCAUGUCACUGCCCCUGUCACAUGCAGCCCUGUCCUCACUGACACAUCACUCAUCUCCUGAUAUACUCUGUGCUGCUGUGUGGCUCUGCUCCUUCCACUAUAUAACUUUGUCGUCAAACAAACCUUGAAAGCCAAAUUAUGUCAGUGUCAGUUAUUAAUUCCCAAUGAUAACUUUAGGAUCUACAAGCAUUUCUAACACCUCGAUUUACAGUGUUACAAAUAUUGGCUACAGUAAGUGGCAUUAAUUAUGUCUGACUCCCUGAUGUAGAAGUAACCACUUGACUGACUCCCUGAUGUAAAAGUAACCGCUUGGCUGACUAAUGCACAACUGAAAUGACGUCAGAGGCGCAGAUUGUUAUAUGCAGGGUCUGUGAGCUUUCCAUUCCUGGCAGCUUCACAUCGCCGCCGUAGGAGAGUGGAGAGUAUUGCCGGAUGCCUGGAGCCUUUGGGGGGACUCUAAAAGUUACAUAACCUAACUGGACUGUAUGACCUGCGUAUGUAAAUAAUUUAUUGACACGUAGUGUGAGCUGUAGCCAGCACAAGUUCUCUUUUUGCCAUAUUAUUAUUAUAAAGAAGGAAGAUACAGGCAGUAGCAGAACAGGUGAGAAAUCUUCCAGCCGUCGGCUGCAUCAUUUGUAAACUGAUAUAUCAUUAGGGGGACUAUGUAUCAAAUUAUAUUUGCGGGAUUUCCCCCGAAAAUACCCUUUUUUAGGAGGGUACCCACAAAUAUUACAUAACCAUUGAAUGUAUAUACUGGGGGGACCAUAGCAGAUAUCCCCACGUUUCCGUUCGCAAAAGCAGGCCCCAUAGGUUUCUGGGGCCUGCUUCAAUGCUGAAUUUACCAAGCUCUAAGGGGACACGUACUAAGAAGUGAUAAAAGUGUGAAGAAGUGAGCCAGUGGAGAAGUUGCCCAUGGCAACCAAUCAGCAUUGACGUAACAUUUAUAAUUUGCACACUAUAAACAUAUACAGAGCAGCUGAUUGGUUGCCAUAGGCAACUUCUCCACUGGCUCACUUCUCCACUUUUAUCACUGUUUAGUACAUGUCCCCCUUAGCCACUGUAGCCUGGCCCUUAAGCUGAUCCUCUACUGCGGCCAUUAUAACCCUGUCCCCUCCCUGUUGCUGCAGGCAGACGCAUUUCCAGAGGCAUCAUGACUAUCAAAUCCAGCUGAAAUUAGGGUGAGUGGUGCACUUUGAAGAGAGUGGGGUCAACGAGUUCUUAAUUCAGGUUUAAUAUAAGGGCGGUACAUGGUCAGUUCUAAUGGUGAAUAUUCUGAUUUGUCAGCAGUUAGAUUUACAGUGUAACAUGUUUCUAAUAACAGGUAUUAUCCGUGGGACUAUACAUUGCUGACACAGAUACGUUGUGACCGUGUCAUCAAUGUAACGCACACAACUGUUUUCUUCUCCCGUAUCUCUGUUAUAUAACCUAGCAGCACAUUCUGUACCGACCAGACUUAUUAAUGUUGCAUCAUAAAAAAUACUUUGCACCCUAUUCUGUGUCGUUGCAAAAAAAGCCAACUGAUGCCUUUUAUUUUUAUUAUUUUUGAAUAUCAUAUGUUCUUAGCGUUUGAGAGUUUUCUUUUGUAUUUUAUUCUCUCUAUCGGGUUUUUUCUUUUUUGCUACGUUAUAUUUAAAAAAGUUAAAUAAAAAAAUCCAAACUUUUGAGCGGUGCUGAAAAAUAUGGUUAUUUUUCAUCAAGUUGGGUGAGAAUUCAUUUUAUAAAAAGUUUUAAGAAUGUGUGUGUUUAUAUUUUUUU